AUGGAGGCAGUAACAAACGGGUUAGAGAAGAAUGGUCAAUUACAGGGAUCCUCUUGUGAAGAAGAGCUCCAGGAACUAUUGCAUCAAAUCAAUGUCAUGGUGAACCGGAAAAAAAUUGAAUGGGAACAACAGUCGCAAAGUCUUGAGACUCAGCUUGAAAUGCGUGAGCUAGAAUUGGUCAAUGUACGCACAUGCCUUGAUUCAAAACAGCAUGAGGUAGAUGAGCUUCGUCAGCAGUUACAAGAUGUUGAAAACUCCCAUACGCUAAUGAUACAGAAGUAUGAAGAACAGUUUACAUCCUUGAGGUUUGAUCUCAGUCAACUGCAUAGUACCUAUGAGAAGCUGCAAAACCAUCAACAAAAGAAAGCUAAUGAGAAAUUUAAGAAAAUGGAGUUAAAACUUUUAGACUUCCAGACUGAAUUGCAAUCACGAGAUGAUCUACUGCAAGUAAACCACCUGGAACAGAAACAACUACGGAAGGAGCUAGCCAGAGUCAGUCAGUCUGUAAUGCAAAAAGAUGAUGUCCCUAGGCUUGACUUAUCACAAACACAUUGUAAUCAGCAGAAGGAUGAGCUCAGCAAAAAGGAUGAAGAGUUACAAAGAUUGCAGAGUAAGCACGUGGACAGGAACAAGGAAAGCAAUAAAUUCAGGAAUUGCAUCUGCGAGAAGGAACAGUCACAUAACUCUGAGUUGAUGGGAAUUAGAACAGAGGUCUCUAACCUUGCUACAACACUUGAUCAAAAAGAAAUCACCAUAGCAACUGUCACAGAGAAAACUACUCAUCUGGAAAAGCAACGCAGCCCUGAACUGGAAAAAAAAGAUCAAAUUUCAGUUGAAUAUUGGAUGGUUGUGGACCAACUUGAGCCUCUUAAAGUGGAGAACAAACACUUAAAAGAAACAUUGCAAAUUUUGGAGAGAUCAAUGGUAGAAAAUAAUCAACUGAAGGAGCUUCAGAAUGCGUAUGCAGCCUCUAUCCACAAACUGGGUUAUGAUAAUAAACUGUUACAGAAGGACUUGGUAAGACUAAAGGCAGAACUGGAAACGUCUACAAGGACUAGCAAGGAAAAAUAUGAGGCAGCUCUCCGACAUACACAGUAUGCUAUGGCAGAGCUGAAAGAACGUGAAAACAGGAGAGCAAAGAAAUUGCAACAAGAAAAUGAGAAACAAAUGAGGAACAUGGAGACCAAGCUUAAACAAACUGUACAACAUUAUGAAGAGAAAAUCAAGAGCCUUCAGAAGAACUGCAGCAUUCAGAAGUGUUUUAAUAUGUCUGCACCUCAUUUCGGAAGCACAGAAAACAGAGAGUAUUCACCGGAAAGAAACUUAACACCCAGAAUUAUAACCGCAGAUACUCGUUGCAAUGGUAUGAGUGAACCAUUUGUUGAUGUAAACAAAUCUGGUGAUUCUCUGUCUACUGUCCUUACCAACGGGAGCUUCCUGCCAUUGUCUCCCACAGAGAUAUCAGAUACUUCUUCAGUAACAGCACAUUUCCUCGAAGAAGAAGAAGAACGAGCCCGGGUGUUGGAGAAGUUGCUUAAUUCCCAUAUCGAUGAACUAACGUCUGAAUCAAAGCAUACACUUAAGACGCAUGCAAGAACCAAAAUAUAUUUACCAGAUACAAUAUAUUCAUGUUCACGAUGCACUUGUCAAGAUAUCUGA